UGGGCCCACAGACAGAGAACAGAGAAGUACAGGAUUUAGACACAUUAGACCAACUACUGAGUCAGUUAGAAAGGUAAUCAUACAGUAAGUUAAUACAGUAAGUAAAAGUAACUUAGAAUCAUACAUAUUACAAUAAGAGGUCAGACAGACUGAAUUAGUUGAUUCAUUCAUUGAUUGGGGUAAUCAUUGAUAUUCGGUACGGUUAGUUAAGAUGGCAAACUACGUCAACAAACAGGUGAUUGAAUUGAAUGAAGUUACUGAAGAAAACCGGAACAGAUUAUCGAGGAGCGUGAAGACUGAGACCCAUCUCUCAGAUGGAAGACUAAGACUCUACAGGCUGGCUGCUGUGUGUUUUGGAGUGCUGUGUGUUCUACAAGUCACUCUCAACAUCUUCCUGAGACUGGAUUUCUUCCACUCCAACAGAGAGAGAGAGCAGUUAAACGGCUGUUACAACACCACUGGCUUGGCGCAGGUUGGAGACCAGCCAGAUACCAGUACUAUCAUGGAUCUGUGUACAGAGAGAGACCAGUGCCGGAUGAACAGAAACCAGCUAGAGAGGGAGAGAGACAAAGAGAAAAUGGACAAAAAACAGUUACUGGAGCGUUACACUGCCCUGACUACAGAACGGGACAGGUUGAGAAAAAGGGUCAGUCUUCUGACCAAUGAGAAGGUGGUGCUCUCUAUCUGUGGUACUGGAAGAGUGGUGGAAGGGAGUGGCAUGGCAGUCCAAACGAUGAGGACUGUGUUAAAGUGUCCUAAACGAUGGAGGAUGUUGGGAUCCAACUGUUACUUCCUGUCUACUGAGAGGAAAACCUGGGAGGAGAGCAAACUGGAUUGUCUGGCGAGAGGAGCAGACCUGGUGAUCAUAAACAGCAGACAGGAACAGAAGUUGUUGUACCAGCUGCAUGGUGAUGCAGAUCUCCUGGUCUGGAUUGGUCUGACUGACACCGUUAAUGAGGGGACCUGGAAAUGGGUGGACGGCACACCACUGACCACAUCGUACUGGAAGAGUGGUAAACCGGACCAUGGUGGUACCAACAACAAGGAUUGUGUCGAGGUCAACCAUCGGGACAACGUUUUGGCCAACUGGAACGAUGCACCAUGCAGCCACAUGCUGCAUUGGAUCUGUGAGAAAUUACAGAAAUAGCUACAUAGGUCAAAUCCACAUCUUGUUUAAAUGUGUUUGCACAUUAACAUUUUCCCUAAGAUUGUGUAAUUAACUGAGCACAUGCAUUUGCAUGGUACAUGGUAUUAUCUUUCUGUCUUUCAGCUGUAAUUCAUUUUUGGCAAUAUAUUAUUGGCAACCUUUUGGAUCAGUCACAAUACUGUAUUGUUUUCAGCUUUGUCCUUUUCCCUCUAAACAAUUUAUCCAUAUUACUUCUAUGAAAUGGUAUUGUACCAUCUAAUCCACUGUGAGAUCUAUUUUCAUCUGUUUCAAUCUGGUGUCCAAAACCGAAAGUAAAAGAGCAUAAGACAGAUCUACUGCUUAUGUUGCUUAUGCCUGGAAUCGGCCCGACACACACAAACACAUGUACGCAAUCAGACACGCACACAAGCAUGCACGCACGCAUUUAAACCUCAGUAAAGUUUCAGUUUUAUAGCAGCAUCUAUGCCAGGGUUGCCCAAUCAUUUUUCUGAAGAGCCUUCAAACUCAACUCUGGAUGUCGAAGCCAGUUCCACUGCAAUUUUUCAUUGUUCCCUUCUAAUUAGGGACUGAUUUAGACCUGGCACACCAGGUGGGUGCAAUUAAUUAUCAGGUAGAAAAGAAAACCAGCAGAUUCCAGACCUAGUAAGGGUAAGAAUUGACUACCCCUGCUGUGGAGCAGAGCUCUCCAACCCUAAUCCUGUAGAAGUACCGUCCUGUAGGUUCACACUCCAACCCUGUUCCCGGAGAGCUACUGUCCUGUAGGUUCUCACUCCAACCCUGUUCCUGGAGAGCUACCGUCCUGUAGGUUCACACUCCAACCCUGUUCCCGGAGAGCUACUGUCCUGUAGGUUCACACUCCAACCCUGUUCCCGGAGAGCUACUGUCCUGUAGGUUCUCACUCCAACCCUGUUCCUGGAGAGCUACUGUCCUGUAGGUUCUCACUCCAACCCUGUUCCUGGAGAGCUACCGUCCUGUAGGUUCUCACUCCAACCCUGUUCCUGGAGAGCUACUGUCCUGUAGGUUCUCACCCCAACCCUGUUCCUGGAGAGCUACUGUCCUGUAGGUUCUCACUCCAACCCUGUUCCUGGAGAGCUACUGUCCUGUAGGUUCUCACUCCAACCCUGUUCCUGAAGAGCUACUGUCCUGUAGGUUCUCACUCCAACCCUGUUCCUGGAGAGCUACCGUCCUGUAGGUUCUCACUCCAACCCUGUUCCUGGAGAGCUACUGUCCUGUAGGUUUUAGCUCCAAUCCUAAUAAUGUAGAGCACCUGACUACAAUAAUUAGCUGAUGAAAAAAUGAAUCAGGUCAAUUAAAACUGAGGUUGCAGCGGAGACCUGGUUGCUCUCCAGGAACAAGGUUGGAGUUAAAACCUAAAGGGGUAUCUCUCCAGGAACAGGGUUGGAGUUAAAACCUAAAGAGGUAUCUCUCCAGGAACAGGGUUGGAGUUAAAACCUAAAGGUGUAUCUCUCCAGGAAUAGGGUUGGAGUUAAAACCUAAAGGGGUAUCUCUCCAGGAACAGGUUUGGAGUUCAAACGUAAAGGGGUAUCUCCCCAGGAAUAGGGUUGGAGUUAAAACCUACUGGAGGGUAGGUCUCCAAGAACAUGGUUGGCGUUAAAACUUACUGGAGGGUAUCUCUCCAGGAAGUAUUUGUAAAAUUAAUGACAAAAUGUGGUUGUAUGUUUUUUAACAUUGAAAAAAUUACUUAAAGAAAUAUACUUUGAUUAAAAAUAUGUAUUUUUUAA